UCAGCCAGCGCGCAGUCCAGUCUGAACGCUCCCGCUGCCGCUGCAUGGCGAGUCUCAAGGGCAAAAGCUGCUGUGGCAAUACACUGCCCCGUCGGAUGCAACGGAUAAAGCAAUACUCCCCGCGCCUUUUGCAUUGGGAUUAUACAUGCGUUGAGUGAACAAGACAAACUGUGUCCUGGCUGGAGACCUUGGAUUGUAACCGUGUUUCCCCGAUGCUUGCUUUUUCCAGCCUGAGAGCACACCAGGUGUUUCACUAUCUCACACGAGUGGAAAGUGCGGCCUUGGUGACCUGGGUUUGUUUGGCCUAACUUUCCCAGAAGCACAAGGAAUAAUUCUCUUACAAAUCAUCCUGAACACAGACUCCGAGUCCAACAAGAGACAGCAGUUUGGCACUAUCCAGGGAUGGUAGAUAACUCCCCAGAUAGCCAGGGGACUUUUCUUCCUUAUAGUGGCUCUCCACAGGCCUAUCGGCUGUCAGACAUGGUGACAGACCUGGGCUCCUACCAGGUGAUGCCGUCACCUUUUUCGGAGGAUGACCUGAGUGAGUCUUCCAGCCCUCGCUCCUGCUCCAGCCCAGACUCCCCGGUGCUCAGCUCCAGCUACGGUAGCAACUCUAGUGCUGAGAGCCAGGACAGCAUCCUGGAUCACUUGCUGUCCCAAGCCUCUUUAGGAGGUGCCAACAGUGUGCCGCCAGGUUCUGUGGCACCUAUACCGUUAUCCACUUUUCUCUGGGACUCAAGGAGAGAUGAGCCCUCUAAACGUGAGCCCGUAAAGGAGGAAAAUUUUGACUUCCUCACCUGGUCCAACGUGGAGACAGAGGAACAACUUGGAGGGUCUUUCCAGCCCACACUGGAGGAGAUUGAAGAAUUCCUGGAGGAGAACAUGGAGGUGGUCACGAUGAAGCAGGAGAUCCGGGAAAGUUGCCCGGGGUUGGGAGUGGGACUGGAGGAGUCUCUUGGUCUAGAAGUUGGCCUGGAGUGGUGCAGAGAGGCCUCCCCCGAGCCUAAGCUGGAGGCAGAGGCCAAGUAUUCAGACCAAACUGUCCCCACUGCCAGCACUGCUGGCCUAGCCACUGCUGCCUCCAGUGAGACCAAAACUACAGUUGAAUCCAGCACAGGGGCCAAGAGGGCAUCAGGCAGCAGACCUUCAUCUGCAGACAGCAGCACAAAUGGCAGUGGGAUGCCGGUCAUCCUACAGAUUCAGCCCCUUCAGAUCAAGCAGGAGCCCACAGUAGCUCCUCUUACUCCAGUAGCCCAGCCCCCACAGCCUGCCCCAGCCUCAGACAUCAAAAUUGCGCAGCUACUGGUUAACAUCCAGGGUCAGACCUUUGCCCUGGUGCCUCACGUCCUGCCCUCCCCCAGCCUAAACGUCUCCUCCAAGUUUGUACGCAUUGCGCCUGUCCCCAUUGCAGCCAAGCCUCUGGGACUUGGGGAUAGCUCAGUCAGCCAGGGAUCAGGGAUUCUUGUUGGAGGUCAAAAGUUCCAGAAGAACCCGGUGGCGGAUCUUAUCAAAAUGCACAAAUGUACUUUUCCUGGCUGCACCAAGAUGUACACCAAGAGCAGCCACUUGAAGGCCCACCUGAGGAGGCACACAGGGGAAAAGCCUUUCGCCUGCAACUGGCAGGGCUGUGGAUGGAGGUUUUCCCGGUCGGACGAGCUGUCCCGACACCGGCGAUCCCACUCGGGCGUGAAGCCCUACCAGUGUCCAGUGUGCGAGAAGAAGUUUGCCCGCAGCGACCACCUGUCAAAACACAUCAAAGUCCACCGUUUUCCACGGAGCAGCCGGACAGUUCGCUCGGCAAACUGACGCCCCGCUCGGAUCACUGGAUCGCUGGCUCGCUGGGAAUGCUGAGAUCACUCUCAUAGAGGCAUAGGUUACUGGAGCAAGAUGUGGGCGUGAAUGUGCGGGUGUGUGUGUGUGUGCAAAUGGUUGCGCCUUCAAGUCAAAUUGAAUAUGUGAGUGGAAGCACGCCUUGCUUUUUGUUUCAGCAGUCUGUGAUUGUUUUAAUUUAUUGUACAAAAGUAAACCAACACAGUUAUCAUCCUGUAAUCAGCUAAAGGUUGCUGUUGCUGUUGGUGCUUUGCUGUGUUGUACUCCUUAUGUUUGUUCUGUCCUUAUCGCCUGCCUCAGCAGAAGAUAAGAUCAGCUUAUUUUCAUUCAGCCUGGAUUAUGUGAUAGCUGUGGUAAUAGUCUGUCAUAUCCAUUCUACCUGGAUAAAAACAACUGCCUUCUAUCUUCCCGAAACCUGCCAAUGUGUUGGACAUUCCUCAUCUUAUGCAAUGUUUAGGAAGUCAGAUUGAAGUUCUUGCGGAUCCUCAUGAGCUACUACCAGAGCGGUAGUUACUCUUCCUGGGGUGCACAGAGGUUUCUGCUGUGAGGUUACUCUAAUAGCUUCGUCCUAGUUUUUGCUGCCUUGCACCACAGUUCGUUGACAGUAUGGUUGAAGAAUAUCAUUCAUCGUCGCGUUGAUGCACAGGGAGACACCUGAACUACUGAUUGCGUAACGAAGGAAGGGAAAUCUCAUGAUAAGCUACCAGGACUCCUCUCACAUUUUACAGCAGCUUUGUGAACCUGCUGAGACACAAGGAGAGAAUGACAGAGCAACACAAGAAACUCACAAGUGAAACACAAAUAAAAGGUUAAGCGCACAGUGAUUGUUAAAUCGGACCUUCUGAUGAGUGUUAAAUGAUCUUUGUUCAUUGUUUUAUUAAGCUAAGUCAUGUGUACCUACUUGCUCGUCUUCUAUUAGUCUCCAUUUUCUGGCCUUACUGUACCACAAAAUCCUUACUGGAGAGCCAAAUGGUUUGAGAAAUCAGGCUUUUCAGUGAUCCAUAUUUUAAAAGGGUGUAAAGUGACUGUUAAAAUGUGACAUAAUACGACCCAUGUCAGUCAGCGCACAGUCACAGAACUGAAUGUCUCAGUCUGCUAUUAUUAUUUGAACUAUUAUUUUGCUCACAACUUGACACAGAAUCUGCCUCAACUCUGCUUUAUCUGUUACUGGAGACACCCUGACAGCCUUUGACCUCAGCCGGCUAUGCUACGUCGAGGUGACAUCAAUGGACAUCAAAACACACCAUGGUGCUGAACUACCAGGAGGACGAGCUUCUGGGAAGAGUAGUCACAACACCUUUUUGAGGCCAUGGCAUACUUUCUAAUGCCCUAAUCCCUCUCCAACAUUGUUUGCUACGUGUUUCACGCUCCGCUGUGAGCAUGCAGGGGUGUGACAAUGCCGUCCAUGCGUAAUUCAUGUCUGUAAAGUGACAACAAACAGGGGUACACAACAUUGUACAUCAUUCCUUUCAUUCAAUUUUUGAAUUUUUAAUGCUUGUGUGAACACAGGUGUUUUAUCGCAUCCUAUGAAUGUAUGUAAAUAUGCAGGAGUGUACAUCGCUGCAUCCAGGAAACACACAGAGACUGAUAUGAUAUCUUAAAGCAAAUCAGUGGUUGUGAAGAUUUCUAGUGUAAACCCUAAAUGUGUACAUAACUUAACGUUUCAGUACAUAUGAAUAUAUUAUAUAUUUUUUUCUUUGUUCUAUCCAAGAUGC